AUGCAAAAGUUGCUUCACCCUGUCGAUCCUGCGCCGCCAUCCAAGAGCCUUCGGAAAAGCGAGGGCGAUGGCGAGACGUCGGCUUCUGUUUUCUCGUCGUCUUCCGACUUAGAGUCCGUGUCCACGACUGACGAGUGUUCUGGCUGCGAGUCUUCCAAAGCGUUGACACUUGCCAGCCCAAUGAGGUGGGAAUCAUGUUGGUUUGAUGACCUCCGAGCCGCCUUCGAACGCAUGCGUUUGGGGGUGGAGGAUACGGAUUCGGAGUCAUGUUACGGGAAGAUUUCGCUUUCCCCGCUGUCGGACGUGUUCCGCGAUGUGUUUGCGAGUGCCAAAGACGUGCGCGCGCUUGCCACCGUGACAAAGCUCACUGUUCGCUACAUGAUGCUCUCGUUCGAGGGGGACUGUAGCUAUGCGUCUUGCGACGCCAAGCCCUAA